AUGUCGAGAGAGAAAAAGGGUAAUACUAGCAGAGUGAUUAAUAGCUAUGGCGGAGGCUUGGAAGCAAACACAAUGGCUAUGCUUGAUUCGAGCGGCACUAAAGACAAUCGCGACGCCAACGAAGAUCGUUUGCAGUAUCUGGAAGCUGUUCGUGCCGCUUCACUCGUACCCGAAAACGGAAUUCCUCCAACCAACAAAAUGUACCAAGCGAUUUUCCAGAUAUUGAGAUUCGGAAGAACAUUGGAACUCAUAACAGCAAGUUUCCAGCUUUUGUCACAGCUACACCAGCGAUUCCCUUGGGUUUAUAUAUCUGAUUCAGCUGCUAGUGGGAAACAUCAGUUGGAAAUCGUUGACGAGGCUUGGUCACCGUUUAAUUUUGGGUCUGAUGUUGAUUCUGAUGAAAAUGAGUCAUCAGUGAGAAGCUCAUUGUUUCAAGAACUGAUUCAAAACCUUAACAACGGAGUUAAUGAGUCAGAGGAAUCUAAUUUAAAGAUCCUGGGAAACAUGUUCCUGUUCCAGUAUCUUGUUCAUUUUCUUAAGCUAGAUUUCACUCCUCGAAAUCUAACAUAUGAAGAAACGAUGAACUGGAGUCUCUUAAAAGAAUCCUCUCUGAAUCUACUCUUGGCUUCAAGAAAAGUGAAUUUCAAGCUUCUAAUGAAAGAUUGUCUAUCUACAAUACAUGCACUCUUUGAUGCUGAUGGAAAAUCUAUAAGUUUGGUAGAGUUGCACAAGGGCACACUUUCUGCUAUGAAGGAACUUCUAGUAAUGAUCAUGAAGCUUGAUGAAUCAAAGAAGAAAGCUGACAUGGAAGGAAUUACCACUAGAGGAGAUGGCGUAAGGACUCCUGCAAUGGAGAUUAUUGUCGACCAGCUGACUUAUGAUGGGUACUUGCUGUCAAGUUUUCUUCAGGUUUUCGCCGACCCUAAAUUGAAGCUAGAGAUUGUUCUCCAAUACCUCACUAAAUACUUACCUAAGCCUUCUGUUCGUACCAGAAGAUCGCACGGUCCUCAAGCAGAGGAUUUGAAAUCUCUAAAUGGGAUUUUGAAGACUUUUUCAAAUGGUACAAAUGCAAAGAGCAUCAUCAAAAAGAUAGGACCUGACAUUGUUCAGAUCCUCAUUGGACAUGCCUUUCUGGCUCGGCUCACAAUCGCUAACCCUGAUAAAAGCGACUCUAUAACAGAGAUAUGCAAUAGUAUCAUCUCUGCAUUUACUAAUCUAAAGUGA